AUGUCAUCGUCCUCCUUUUCCUCUUGCAAGAAGAAACAACAACCAUUGACCAUUCCAGAACAAGAUCAUCAUCAUGAGGAAACAAUUUCAAACAUCGAGGAAGAUGACAUUCUUGAUUUCGAGCAUAACGAAGACCAUUCCUUUUCACACACCGAUCGACUGUUAUAUGACAUUUUGGAAAUUGAAAAGGAAAUUUCUCUCAAAAAACAGUACAGAACCAUCCAUGCCUCUUCUUAUCAUGACUCUCAAUCUAAAACAUGCCCUUCCGAUCAAGAGGAUCUUCCAAUGAUCAAUCUUGAUCAUCAGGAUCCUUCUUUUCGAAUAAUGAACAUUCCAUCUCCUGCUGCGGAUCCAUUGAAGGACACCUUGUCAAUACAAGAUCGAUUGAUGGGCUCUAUUUGGGGUCAUGCCUAUGGUGACGUCGUAGGUUGUCCCAUUGAAGGAUGGAAAAGUGGAGAAAUUCGAAAAUUCUAUGGAAAUAAGGAUUUACAAAUGUUUGAUUUUUCACAAAUUUUAACCAAAGGAUUUCCAAGCAAGGAAUUAAUGGCAUCUAAAGAUUUUAAACCAUUAGAAAAAAAGAGACAAAUACUUUCGAAAAAAGAACGAAAAGAAUCUGCGACUGAAGUGUUUUUACGUCACAUUCGUCCUAUUGGAAUUCACAGUGAUGACACUCAACAAGCUGGUUUCACAGAAGGAGAUUGUUUCAAGAGUACUCGUUCUUGUCAUGAAAAGUCAAAUGUCACACCCAUUCGAAUUGAAUUAGCAAAGAAUGUCAGAGCUUUCAGUCAAUUUGGAUCCAACACUUCGAAAGCUCUAAAAAAAUUGUCACAAAAGAAUUGCUGUGCCUACAACAGUGGAUCGAGUACAUUUGGAAUUGGAGGAAUGAUGCGAUGUUCUAUUGCGCCCAUUUGCUUUGCAUUGAAAGAUUAUUUAAUCCAAAUGGAUAUAUUGGGUGAAUCGAAAAAAUUCUUUGAACCGUUGAACCUUGAAGAUGAACCAUCCAAAAAGAUGCAAAGAAAAUCCAAACAUGCAUCUACUUGUUCUUUAGAACAUAAUCUAGGAGAUGAUGAUGAUCCAAUUUUGAAAGCUAUUUCCUACUUUUCCUAUUCACAAUGUCUCACUACUCAUUCGACCAUUGAGAGUGCGACAGUCACCUUUGCUUCCAAUGUCAUUGCUUACAAAUUUAUUGAAUGUGGAAAUCGAGAAGAGACAAUCGAUUGGUUAUUGGAUCAUUUAGAAUUUUAG